AUGGCGCCACGUCUCCUUCCCCUCCUCCUCCUCCUCAUCGCCCUCCUCGCGGCGACCGUCGCCGUGCCGCCGGCGAGCGCUGCGGCGGCGGGCAUCGACCCCAAGAAUUGCCACCGGGGAAGAAGCGGAAACAGGGCGCUUUCUGAGGCCACGGACGGUGAUGGCGCUGUGUCGAAGGGUGCGGGCCUGAUCGACCAGGUGACAGGGCGGCAGGGACAAGAUGGUGGUUCGGCGAGGGGCUCGAUGGAUCGGCAGGAUAGAGACGCGGGAUCCCGGCAGCAGUCUUCUUCUGAGGGAAGUUCAUUGGAGAUUAUACCUAAACAAACAUCUGCAAAGCUUCUUGUGGAGAACCCUCAAAAAGAAAACACAGAUGGUAAGAGUAAACUUAUGGCUUUGCCUGAUACCAGAGUCCGGAAUAUCAAGGAUCAGUUAAUCAAGGCAAAGGUCUACCUUGGUCUUGGAGCCAUUCGAGCAAAUCCCCAAUACCUCAGGGACUUGCGGCAGCGCAUACGGGAAGUUCAAAAGGUGCUUGGUGAUGUAUCCAAGGACUCCGAUCUACCAAAGAAUGCCAAUGAGAAGGUGAAAGCACUUGAGCAGACAUUGAUCAAGGGUACACAGACACAGGACGAUUGCUCUGUUGCUGUCAAAAAGCUUCGUGCUAUGCUCCACUCAGCAGAGGAGCAGCUGCAUGCACAAAAGAAGCAAACAGUUUUUCUAACACAACUUGCAGCCAAAACCCUUCCCAAAGGUCUUCACUGCCUGCCCCUGAGGCUAGCUAAUGAAUACUUUUCACUGGAGCCUGGUCAGCAACAAUUCCCGAACCGUGAGAAACUCGCUAAUCCCAAACUGUAUCACUAUGCCUUGUUCUCAGAUAAUAUAUUGGCAACAGCGGUUGUUGUCAAUUCGACAGUAUUAAAUGCCAAGAAUCCAUCUCAUCAUGUCUUCCACAUAGUAACUGACAGACUAAAUUACGCUCCAAUGAGAAUGUGGUUCCUCUCUAACCCACCUGGAAAAGCAACAAUUGAAGUACAAAAUAUUGAUGAGUUCACAUGGCUAAAUGACAGCUACAGCCCAGUACUGAAGCAACUUGGGUCUCAAUCUAUGAUUGAUUAUUACUUUAGGGCACAGCGUGCAAACUCAGAUUCAAAUUUGAAGUACAGAAACCCAAAGUAUCUAUCAAUGCUUAAUCAUCUGCGAUUUUACUUGCCUGAGAUUUACCCCAAGCUUGACAAGAUGGUCUUUCUUGAUGACGAUGUAGUAGUAAAGAAGGACAUAACAGGCCUCUGGUCAAUCGAUAUGAAGGGGAAGGUAAAUGGGGCUGUAGAGACUUGUGGGGAGAGCUUUCAUCGCUUUGAUCGGUACCUGAAUUUCUCAAAUCCUGUUAUUGUGAAGAAUUUUGACCCCCAUGCUUGUGGCUGGGCUUUUGGAAUGAAUGUGUUUGAUCUAGUUGAGUGGAGGCGGCAGAACAUAACCAAAAUUUACCACUCAUGGCAGAAGCUUAAUGAAGACAGAUUGCUAUGGAAACUUGGCACUCUCCCUCCAGGUCUGAUCACAUUCUGGAACAAGACAUUUCCCCUCGAUCGAUCAUGGCAUGUUCUCGGUCUUGGUUACAAUCCGCAUGUGAGCAGCAGAGAUCUGGAGCAUGCUGCGGUCAUACAUUACAACGGUAACAUGAAGCCCUGGCUGGAGAUUGGCCUGCCCAAGUUCCGAAGCUACUGGUCAAAGUAUCUUGACUACGACCAGCAUUUCCUGCGGGAAUGCAACAUCAAUCCAUGAGGCAGCCUCCAAGCUGUUCUGACAUAACCAAUGGUUUGUUCAUUUGUAGGUGCUAAAAUGGCAUGGCCAUGUAAGUAUGAUGUAAUAUUUGGUAGUUGACAUCCUGAGUCAUAAACAAAUGAAAUUUGACCAUCUAGAUAUCUGCAAGAAUCAGGUAGGAGUAUUUGAGAGAUUUCUAUGGAAGUGUUAUUUUGUCGAUUUGGCAUGUCAA